ACGAGGCAAGAUUCUUUAUUCUGGUUCCGGAGUCUAUUAAGUACAACUGCAAACUCAGACAGAGAGACAAAAGCUUGAAUCGAUAUUCUGAAAUUGUCGAGAUUCAGGAGAUACAAAACCAAGAUGUUUAAAAGGAAUAUUAAAGCUGAAUUAAAGGGCAUCGCCGAGCUGCCCGAUUCUUCCAUGAACUCGGCUGAAGACUGCAUGGUCAGAGGACAGAAACGCAAGGUCUCUGACGAUGACGAGGGCUGUUUUAGACCAGCAAAGGAAAUUAAAUUUUUUCACCACGUGCUCAAUGAUGAGGAGCAAGCAUCCUCAACCGUGGAAAAAAGUAAAGAUCCAAAACCCAAGAGGUUUGUAAAGCAGCUCAAAUUUGAAGUAAGGAGCGUCGUUCAGUUGCGUGAUCCUUCCAUGAACUUGGCUGAAGACUGCAUGGUCAGAGGACAGAAACGGAAGGUCUCUGAUGAUGACGAGGGCUGUUUUAGACCAGCAAAGGAGAGGAAACUUUUUCACCACGUGCUCAAUGAUGAGGAGCAAGCAUCCUCCUCCGUGGAAAAAAGUAAAGAUCCAAAACCCAAGAUGUUUAAAAAGUAUAUCAAAGUUGAGUUAAGGCGCAUCGAUGAGUUGCCUGAUCCUUCCAUAAACUCGGCUGGAGACUGCAUGGUCAGAGGACAGAAACGGAAGGUCUCAGACGAUGACGAGGGCUGUUUUAGACCAGCAAAGGAGAGGAAACUUUUUCACCACGUGCUCAAUGAUGAGGAGCAAGCAUCCUCCUCCGUGGAAAAAAGUAAAGAUCCAAAACCCAAGAGGUUUGUAAAGCAGCUCAAAUUUGAAGUAAGGAGCGUCGUUCAGUUGCGUGAUCCUUCCAUGAACUUGGCUGAAGACUGCAUGGUCAGAGGACAGAAACGGAAGGUCUCAGACGAUGACGAGGGCUGUUUUAGACCAGCAAAGGAGAGGAAACUUUUUCACCACGUGCUCAAUGAUGAGGAGCAAGCAUCCUCCUCCGUGGAAAAAAGUAAAGAUCCAAAACCCAAGAGGUUUGUAAAGCAGCUCAACUUUGAAGUAAGGAGUGUCGUUCAGUUGCGUGAUCCUUCCAUGAACUCGGUUGAAGACGCAUGCAUGGUCAGAGGACAAAAAAGGAAGGUCUCAGAUGAUGACGAGGACUUAUUUAGACCAGCGAAGGAAAUUAAACUUUUUCACCACGUGCUCAAUGAUGAGGAGCACGUUGAGGAGGAAGAUAAGUGCAUGUUUUUCACUGAAAUUUCAGAGAGCUCCACUGAUCCAAAAGAAAAGGUGUGCAAGAGGAAAGCCACAGGUGAUGGAAAAGCAUCACCAGCAAAGAAACAGAAGAGCCUGGACCAGGAGGAGAGCAAAUGCAGCGCCGAAGAAUUAGAGGCUGCAAAAAUCUGUGAAUUUAAAGCCAAGUACGUGGAGCUGCACAAGCUUGGAAAAGGAGGGUGUGGAACAGUGUUUGCCGGCUACAGGAAAGAAGACAAUUUUCCAGUCGCUAUCAAACACAUUCCAGAGAGUGAUGUCCCCUGCAAAGUAAAGGCUGAGAACGGGAAGCAAAUCCCCAUGGAAGUGGCUGCCAUGCUCAAACUUGCAGCUGGAACACCAGGAUCAUCAGCUACCGUGUCCUUGCUGGACUGGUUCGAUUUGAGCAAGGAGCUGAUCCUGGUGAUGGAGAGACCUGUCCCUGCUGUGGACUUAGAUAAAUACAUAGAGGAAUAUGCAGAUACUAUAACAGAGGAGACAGCCAAGGUCAUUCUAAAACAACUGAUUGAGGCGGCAAAAGAACUCGAGGAUAAAAACGUCUUUCACCGGGACAUCAAGACUGACAAUAUUCUGAUUGAGACCGGCUCCGAUGUGCCUCGUGUUCGCCUCAUUGACUUUGGAGUGAGCUGCUUUUGUAACAAACACUCACGGUACACCGUUUUUGCUGGCACACCUGCUUACUUCCCUCCAGAGUGGACGAUCCACGAGUCCUAUAGGCCUGGACCCACCACAGUGUGGCAGCUGGGAGCGGUGUUGUAUAAAACAGUCCAUGCAGGAGCCUUCUUUGAUACACUAUAUGUCCUUGAAGGGAGCUUAGAAAUUAGCGAGAGGCUGUCUGAAAACUGCCAGGAUUUCUUGAAAAUGUGUUUCAACCUGGACCCCAAAAGACGCCCGAAACUGAAGGACCUCCUGCGUCAUCGAUGGUUCAGAUGAACCGUCACACACACACACUCACACACAAAAUGCUUUUGACAGAAAAAGAUUGAUGAUAUUUAAUUGGACUAUUCUAAAUUUCACUCACAUUGCCCAGUAGCAGUGAAAAGUUGAAACUUUUGACUGGUACAUCAAUCUUUAUUUUCCGUCCUGGAAUUCCUGUAACCCCCCAGCCGUCCAGGGAAAGGGGGAUCUCUCUUUGAAUUGCCUUUCCCGAGGUUUCUUCCUAUCAGUCAGGGGAGUUUUUCCUCGUCUUCAGAGAGAGCUUGGGCUGGUCAGGAGUUCCAUCAAGUUAUUCUACUGAUUAUUAAUGUUAUUUGAUUAUUAAU